AUGGACCACCUGGGCCUGGCCGUCAUCAGUGUCCUGUUCGUAGCUUCCCUGCUACGCCAAGCUCAUGGGUGCUUUUCAGAGCAUGACUGCUGUAAUCACAGCCGGAUCCACAAUUUGGGGAGAAGCUUCCGAGUGCAAUAUCCGGGCUCCACCUCUCCCUACACCACGGAUUCGGCCACGGAUUGCCAAGCGACGUCCACUGGUGCCGUGUCCCAACGAUCUAUCUCUCCUUGGAGUUACAAGAAGGAUUUCAGCGCCACGCGUUACCCGCAGAACCUCUGGCAGGCGUCCUGCUCUUGCGACAAUUGUCUGUCCUUCAACUCGACCCCUCAGCAGAACGUGAUGACCUACAACAAGUUGGAACUGAAAGGCAAUUCAGUCACUGUGCGAAGCGGGAUUCUGGUCUUCUAUCGGAAACACUGUCCCGACCAACCGGGCUUGUUUUAUCUGCAACCUAGCAAUUAUAUGAUUAACGUGGCUUGUGCUUGCGUGGUUCCCAGGCUGGAAAGUCUCAUCUUCGACGUACGAUGGGAUGACCCCGUGGUGUGGCACGAAAGCAACACAGCCAGAGAACAGAUCUCACAAACUUCCCUUUAUCGCUCCAACUUUGCCCCCAAAUGUCCUCAUUUUGACUACAAGUCCUGGAGUAAAGCUUCUGGCUGCGAGUAG